AUGUGUUACCAGUUAACUGAGUUGUACUCAUCGUGCCGAUGCUUGUAUUACCAACAUGCUGUAGAUCGAUGCUCGAGUUAUGGCCGCCGUGGCCAUAGCAUCCAGCAGAGAACUAUUUAUGUUGGUUAUGCCUGCGCCGUCCAUUCACAAGGUCACUACAGCACCUCAUACUCUGGGGACGACAGGUAUUCCGACUCGGGAUACUACAGUAACCAAUCAACAACCAAGAGCUCCUCGAGCCGGUACAGGUGA